AUUCAACAACAAAAUUUGUACCAAUUUGUACUGUGAUAUUUAUGUUAUUUUUUGUUUUUUUUUUUGUUAAAAAUUGUUACAAGUAAAUAAAUAAAUAAAUAAUGUCUCAAUUUGUUAAUGAUCGUGUGUCAAUGAAAUUAAAUACAAAAGCUGCUGUUGAUAAAAUUAGAUUUGGAAGUCCAGAAUUAAAACAAGUUCUCAGACAGAGAUGUCGAGAAAAAUUACGUGAAAAAAGAGGUGAAUUAUUUAAUUCAAAAAGACUUGGAUUUUUAAAUAAUGACAAUGAAAUAUAUCAAGAAAAACUUCAUGAUAUUGUCAGAAAAGAAAUUAUUGAUAUUACAACAUCAACAACAACAGCAACAAUGGAUAUUGAUAAUCCUAAUAAUGUUAUAAUACCAUUGACAUUGGAAGAAUCAAUUGAACUUGAACGUGAAAUUAUUGCUGAACAAGAAAAAUGGCUAUGGAUAGAAGAACAAGAAAAAAUUGAAGAAAGCAAAUUGUUAUAUUAUGGUGAACAAUCAAUGGAAAUACAAGUUAUUUGUCCAAUUUGUGAAAAAGGAUUAAUAAAACCAACACCAAGUGGUUUAUCAUGUCGUGUUUGUCAACUUAAAUUGCCUCCAACAAUGACACUUGAACAACUUAGUUAUUCAUUGGAACAUCAUAUAUUUUUACACUCUAAAAAAUGUCCAGAACGAGCUUCAUUUGAGGCUAUUAUUUCUGAAAGUAAUACAGUUGAACUUUAUCUUGCUUGUGAAGAUUGUUUUUCAUUUGCAAUUAUUCGAUAAAAUAAUAUCAAUUUUUUAAAUUAACGUCAUAUCUUAAUAAUUAUGUAAAUAAUUUUUUAAUUAUGUUUUUGUUUAUUGUGUGUCAUUUUACAGUAUUUAGUGCCCAGCACAAAUUAAAUUUAGACAAUAUUUUUAAAUAGUCAUCAUUUGGCCAGAUGUCUUGGGAAAAAUAUAUUCAUAUACAUACACAAUCAUACGCAAAUUUAAAAAUAACAACAACAACGACAACAACAAUACAUUUUAUUAUUAUUAUUAUUAUUAUUUUAAUCAAUAAAUAUAAUUUUUAAUUUUUAUUAAUUUUCGCUAGCUGGCCGAGUAGUUGUAUUUUAUCUUUUUUUUAUCACAGCUGUAUUGUUAUUUAUUUUAAUAAUAAUAAUAAUAAUAUCAAUUAUUUUUAUAUAUUUAAAACUAUUCAUGUUUUCCAAUUUACUUUUUAUGUAAAAAUAUUGAUGAAAUUUUUACUACUAGUAUGUAUAAUAAUUUGUGUUUGAAAUAAAAUUUCUAUAUUAAUAUUAUUUUCUUGUGCAUGUUUUUUUCUUGCCAAUUUUAACAAAAUGUUUGAGCUAUUAUCAAUCUAUUUGUUUUCUAUUUCAUCUCAAUGAAUCGAUUGAUUGUAAUUAUAUAUUAUUGUCACAUACAUAACACACACACACACACACAAUUGUAUUUAAAAUAACAAUAAAUUAAUUUACAUACAUAUAGAGCAAACAUUAACUUUGAGUUAUUAUUAUGAAUUGCCACCGCAUGAAUUAUAAAAUAAAGAAUACUACUACAUAAUACAUAUGUACUAUUUACUUGACAAUCAGAA